CGAUUCUAGGGAUGAUGGCGAACGCAGUCAGCAACACCGACAGCGGGUCAGCGGCGGCUCGGAAGAAUCACAAUACCAUAACUCCCGCUUCUGCUGCUGCCGCCGCUGCCUCCCCUCCUCACCCGCUGUCCAAGUCGUCGUCGUCGAUGGUCGAUGGCGUCAAGGAGCCGGCAGAGUAUUUUGCCAAGUACAGAAUCUACGAGCGAGAUUACCUUCGCCGAAUAAAUCACAAGUACUUCUCGGGCAAGAAGUUCGCGGGGUCGGGUCGAGUUUUCGAGACCAUCACUUCUGUGGAUGGGUUCACCGUCAAGGAGAGCAGUGAACCGCCCCUCAAGAGGUUUCUGGAGAUUCCUAGUUCUCUCGAGGAGCAUUCUCAGUCGGGAGCCCCCCCGUCUGCCAAGAAACCGUCCCGACGAAAGCCUUGACUCGACUUGUCGAUCUCAGACCGUCCGUGCUUCAUGAGGACAGUCGAGUAAUUGCUUCGAUCGCUCGGUUGCCGUUGUCGGGAUACAUCGAAUUUGGGGUAACCAGGCGCUUUGCUGUUUCAUGAGACUUCGGUGAUCGAUGGAGUAAGUAUAGAGUAGGAGUCGUACAUCAUGUUGUCCCUUCCGAUUUGAGGUUGUCGUUUGUAACGAGAAGGAUUUGCACUCGAGUAUUGCAAGUUAUUUUUGACCGAUUUAGUUCGAUUAGAUCCGGAUCCAUUUCUUUAUCAUUUACGUCAACCUCAGAUAUCCAACUUUCAACAUUAUAUUUUACAGGUGUGAAUCAAAUUUACGAGUAUUCAAAAUUCUAGUAUUGUCUAUCAAAACUUUCAUUAC